AUGUCCGAGUCUUUGCCGUGUCUCUGCCUGGUGCCGUCGGACGCGGCCGGGCUCAUCAUCGGCCGAGGUGGCACCACAGUACGGCAGAUCUGCGAGGAAUCCAAGGCCCAGGUGAGCGUCUCUGGAGAGCGCGACACGCCCAAGGCCUUGAGCGAUCGCAUCGUCACCAUCCAGGGCACCCCUCAGCAGAUUCUCGUGGCCUGCCGAGAGGUGAUCCGCAUCGUCCAAAGAUCCCAGGAGCUGGACGACAACGAGGAAGGGACCUUCGUCACAGUGGUCCCCGCCGGUGCAGUGGAGCACAUUGUGGGCCCUGGCGGCGACACAGUCAGCGAGCUCGUGAAGAGCACUGGGGCGGAUGUCAACAUUAGCCGGCACAACAUCAACGGAACUGAGCUGCAGCCCGUGAGUGUGUCAGGAACUCCACCCCAGAUGCUGGACGCGACCAUGGAGGUGCUUCAACUGGUGCAGGAGUUGGCUGACCAGGGGGGGCUUACCAUUGAGUGCAGCGCUCAGGGCCUGAAAGCCUUGGAUCCUCGCUGGAGCGCGCCCGAGACGGGGCAGAGUUUCCUCUUCCACCCCUCUAUUUGCAAGACGGUCCGUUGGAUGCGGCUGCUCCUCUUUGCAGUGGCCUUGCCAAUCCUGGCCUACUGGCACUACACCGUCUAUGAGAAGGGGGAGGAGAAGGCGACGGAGGAGCAGGAAGAGUGCGAGAAUGAGGAGCCGCACAUUCAGGAUGACUUGGAUGAAGUCGCUGGCUCGUCCAUCAAGCAGGAUGCCGACAUCUAUGGCGAUGAGUUUUGGUCAGACAAGCGCGGAGAGCCUGCGGAUCGUGACGGAUUUUCCUGGGAUGCUGGAAGGGACGAGCUGGAUGACUUCCUUGCCGAUGAUGGAGGCAAGGUCGACUUCAAGGGCGACCUCGGCCUUGGCAAGAGUGACGACUUUGGCCUGAAAGACUUUGGCCUCGGAGGUCUGGACGACAAGAGCUUCGGCCUGGGUUUGGGUCCUGACCUCGAUGACUUCAGCUUUGACCGAGAUCAUCGAAGGGAUGACAAGGGCAAAGGCAAAGGCAAGUCUAAGGAUAAGGGCAAGGAGCGAGAGGCGGACCCCAAGCAGGUCUUCGUGGCCAACGUGGCGGAUGCCCACGAGGACGACCUGCGGGCCUUCUUCGAGCAGGCUGGAGACGUGGAACGCCUCAAGGUGCUUCGCAACCCGGAUGGCAGCGCCAAGGGUGUUUGCUUCGUGACCUUUCGGACAGAGGAUCAGGCGCAAAAGGCGUUGACCUUCCACAACCGCCCUUUUGAGGGCGGCAAUAUCGUGGUACGCAUGGCAAAUGCCGGGAAGAAGGGCGAGAAAGGUGACAAAGGUGAGGGUCGCGGCGACCGCUUUGAUCGGGACCGCGACCGUGGGGACCGUGGGGACCGCUUCGACCGUUUUGACCGGGACCGUGAUCAUCACCGGGACCGAUCCAACGAGCGCUUCGAGCGCCCAGACCGAGACAGGAACGAGCGCAAGGGCAAGGGCCGAGGCAAGAAGGGCAGCGCCGAUGUGGACGAUGCCCUGGAGGAGGCGCUGAGCGGCCACGACGGGCCGCUGCGCACCUCCGACUUCGACUUCGUGGCCCGGCGCUUUUUGGGGGAGCUGCGGUCCCGGGAUAAGGCGGACGGCGGCUCCAGGUUCCAGGAGGCCAUGGAUAUGGUCCUGAAAUACACCUCCUCCAAGGACCGUGGGGCCGUGCGCAAGUGGACUGCCUACGUCUUUACGCUGCUCCAGAAGUUUGACCCCGCCCUCUCAGAGGAGAUCCGAGAAAAGGACCAGGAAAGAAGAGGCAAAGGGAAGGGCCGCGGAAUGGCUCGGCAGAACUCGGAGGAAGAUUAG